GUUUAAACUAACAAAGGAAUUCGGAUCAGCUGUUGACUGACGGUUUACCAGUUCAUCGUACAUCCUAUUUUACUGGUUGGACUUUCUGUAGUCCACCAUAGGUUUGAAGUUAUGCUGGAGCAAAAUGGUGAUAUGCUAUAUGGCCAAUUCAAUGGCGUUGCUGCAAUUAAAAACGACUACGUUAUUACUAGAUCAAAGAUCCUUUCAGUUCGUGAUGAGGAAAUGCUACGCCUUAUAGGCCAAUAUCUCUGUGACAAGGGAUUUAAUGGCACAUAUACGCAGCUUUCCAGAGAGUCUGGUAUCACCUUGGAGCACAACGAUGCAACAGAGUUACGUCACGCUAUUUUGGAAGGUAGAUGGUGUGAUGCUGAAGCUGCAAUAGACAAGUUAGCACCAAUGAUAGGGGAUUUGAAUAGUGUUGAAGAAGUUCGAUUUUUGGUAUUAGAACAACAGUUUCUAGAACAUCUGGAAGCCAAUGAAGUAAUGCCUGCUGUUACUCUUUUGCGUAAUCGUAUUACACCUAUGCAACGUAAUACUGAACGGGUGCAUACUCUGGCCAGUUGUCUAAUGUGUAGAACCGCUGUUGAACUACAAGCACAAGCAGGUGGUUGGGCUGGUGUAGAUGCUGGCAGUCGUUUGCAAUUAAUCAACAGAAUACAAGCUUUUAUACCAGCACAAACAAUGUUACCACCUGGUAGACUGGAAGAAUUAAUCAAUGAAUCUGUUCGUGCUCAAUUAGCUUCAUGCAUAUUUCAUAAUCCUCCAAUGGGUGUUCAAACUGAUAUACAUAAUAUAUCAUUAUUACAACGUCAUUCUUGUGGCAUGCAAGAUUUCCCAGCAUUCUGUAUUCAAACAUUGGAUCAUCAAAGAGAUUCCGAUUUAUGGUUUUGUCAAUUUUCUCCAGAUGGUUGUUAUUUAGCAACUGGUGGCAAAGAUGCAAAUGUUGAUGUAUGGCGUGUAGACUCUGUACGACAUGCUGUCUCAUUUUUCCGAGUAUUAACUACACCUGCAUAUAUUGGCUGUUUAUGUUGGUCACCUGAUUCGAAAAAAUUAGCAGCUUGUUGUGGAGAAGAACAAAGUUCUGUCCUGGUAUUCGAUGUAUUCAGUGGUCAACAGUUAUGUUGUCAAAAAGUAAACGAUGAAGAUGUCUAUUCAACUGCUUCAUUUUUCUCUGAUAGUCGUAAACUAGCUUUUGGUGGUUUAAAAGGAAGCUUCUAUGUUAUGGAUACAGAAGAACAAGGUCGUGUCCUUGCUGUUGUUGAAGGUUAUCGUGUACAAAGUAUGGCAGCUAUCUUUCCACCAAUACCAAGUAUACUUUUACCGAAUGGUACCGAAUCUGUACAAGUUAAUCCACCACCGGAUAAAUCUACUACUCCAGGCGCACCAGAUUCACCAACAAAUGGAUUACAUUCAAAUGGUUCCGCAAAUGAUUCCAUGAACAACAACAGCAAUAAUAAUAAUAAUAGUAAUAACAGUAAUAAUAAUAACCGUUUAGAAAAUCAAAUUGAUCAAUUACUGGUUGCUGAUAGUUUACAUCGUAUUCGAUUAUUUCGAUUUGGUCCAGUUUGUUCAAGUGCAACAUUGUCUAGUAAUGCAAAUGCUACAACAGAUACUGUUGAUAUGCCGUUAAUUGGUGGUGGUGGUGGUGGUGGUAGUAGUAGUAGUAGUACAGUGACUACUACACCAUAUGAAACUAGUACUACUACUACAUCUAUAUCGACUGUGACUAUUUCUACGCUGUCUAGUUCAUCGCAUACACAUACACCUAGUGAAGAAAUUACAACUAGUACAACCAUUGCAACAACAACAACUACGAGUAGUAGUAGUACUACUACUACUGCUGCUGCUACAACUACCACUACGACUUCUGCAUCAGCACUGGCUGCUUAUUUGAGUUCAGGUGGCAAUGCACCAGGUGCUCCUACUUCAAUUAGUAGUAUGUCUACAUCAGCUAGCACUGGUACAACUAAUCCAGGUAAUAAUGAUAAUAAUAAUAGUAGUAGUGGUGGUAGUGGUAGUACAGGAGAAAAUCCUGGUGUAGCGACAGCAUUAGCUGUUGCACGUUUAGCACAAGAACAACAACAACGUUUAUUACAAUCAUCUAAUCCUACAACAAAUCCAGCGCCACCAUCAUCAUUAACUAGUACUUUGUCUUCAUGGUAUCAACAAUCUGGUGCAUAUCAAGGAACAACAAGUUUAGCGUAUACAUCAAGCUCUUCUACAUUACCAC